GACGAACGUCAAGUGCAAUGAAGCUCUUGGAGAAUCGAAAGGGAACUCAUUGGAAGAUAACAUUGCAAYUGAAUCAUAUCGAGUAGUAACGACCAUACAGUACGGUACUCAUAUCCAGCCAUAUCUUUUCUGCAGAACAAACAGACAAAACACACGACACUACGGAUCAUGGGUGGCGGCGCGUCYCGAUUGGACGAAACUCUCUGGGAAGAAGAAACAAAACACCUAACURAAGRACUAACAGACGACUCCAACCUUUCCAAAAAGUCGACUGCGGUCGCCGACGGUGGACUCGAUCCCACUCGAACCGACCAGACCCUCGACGGUUGUCAACCCACAACCUCRUAUCGRUUCCUAGAAAUUCGCAAGAAGGGAGGUGCCCAUAACCAGCGGGACUUUGAGGUCGUCGAUGUUUCCACAAGCGAAGUCCUCUAUACCACGUGUUCAGUUCCAGGAACCCUCUGCUGGUUCGAUGUAUUGGGCCCGGCCUCGUGCGGCAAUUUCCGGGACCUCAAGCUCCGGGUGGGACCCUCGGGUCCUGCCAAGAAAAACUGGACGGUUUAUCGGUACGACAACCCCGUUUUUGAGGGACAGCUAGAGGCAUCGAGGGAGUUGACGCACCAAAGUCUGSAUGGCGGUAAUGAAGACGAAAACAGCGAAAGCAACAAUGGGAAGCGCAGCAUUGACAGCRAUACCAAUGUGAAUACAAACAGCAGCAUUGAUUCUUCUGAAUCCGAAACCGAAAUUGAAAGCUGCCACAAACUAUACAAGACAGCCGCCGUGACGGUGUCGUGGUCGCGAUAUGUAGCGAUCAUGGCACGAUAUGGACCACCGAAGAUGGAAGACUACUUGGAUGACGAURACCAAGAUGAUAAUGAUUAUGGCAAUUUUUCAAAUAGUCAUACGGGGGCGAAACUUGAUGGUSCUUGCAUGGAAGAUAGUGCAGCUGCGAAAUUCAGUCCAAAUAGCAGUAACGAGUACAAUCCCGAGAAGAAUACGACGGAGAUUAAAGAGAAUACAGAUAUAAUUUCAGCUACAACCGAACCAGAUGACGACAAUACCUUGAUCACACCUAGUAAUGGCAACAGCAUAGAAAAAAUCACUCCUAUCACCACCAAACGAAGCGAAAAUACUAGAACACUCGAAGAGAUGAAAACUAAAACCGAGAAAGAAAAGCGGCGGCAGACGACUAUGCGACUCCGCGAACACUUCGGAGAUCUGCCGCCCUCGACUAGAAUGGCUACAUSGAAGAACAAUGGCAAUGAGGAAGAUGCCAGCAGCAAUAAAACGAUAGACGAAAAAAUGAACCACGACUUUGAAAACGAGCAAAAUAACAACGUCCCAGUUCUACCACGRCUCACACUCCAGCAGAAAUCYAAGUACGAUCUUGACMGGGAGGGAGUCCUCGUGUUGGAUGACAUAGAUGAUGAAUACAGCCCACCCAUGAUCGUCCAGUGCCAGGAAAUCCACAACAAGAUGAUCGGGAACCACCAAACCUUUCGGAUGACAAGGGAAGAGCUAAUCGAAAAGCUUUCUCUCGACCAAAAGCAGGAUKUGAAGAAUCCAACCUCGAAAGAGGAACAGAAUWCCAAUCCUUCUUGCGGGGAUGGAGGUUCCAAUGGUUCGGAAAACGAGAACUGCAAAAGAAGGAAUUCAUCCUCGUGGUUUUCUAGGUUUCGACGUCCUUCCUCCAAGAUACUAUCCCACGAAGWYCUUGCAAUGGGCGAUGAAAUUAAAAAAUCGGAGCAAGUGGAAGCCAAAGACAACAACAGCGAGAGUUUCCAAMCAGAAACGCUAGAAAGCACGAURGCGAAUUUGCCGGGGGAAGGCACGGAUUGUGCUGCGGUGGCGAMAACUACCGGUAGUCUGAAGAACAACAAUGACGAAGACCAGCUGGUUUUGUCUUCUCAAGGGGACAGAGAGAACAAAACCCUCACGUCAUACUUUUUCUGGAAAAACGCAGCAUUCAAUCUUGGACAGCACAAAAUGCAGAUGCAUCUGGCGAAGAAUUCGGAUCUCGCCCUGCAAGUGGUGUUUUCCAUCAUUGUCAAUCAGGUCCGAUCCGAGCGGAACCACACCGUCUUUUUAGCCACCGGAUUGCAUCCUGCAUGGGUCUUCAUAGAUCCACGAAAUCCAAUUGCCGUGUUCACGUGAUKCUAUACCAAACGCGAUGACACAACCAUACAAAGCACGCCAAGCAAAAUAGACAAAUUCGUUCACU